AUGGCUCCAGCUUCUCAUCUCAAGCUCAACACGGGAGCAACCAUUCCCUCAGUCGGUCUCGGAACAUGGCGAUCGGAACCUGGUGAGGUUCGGGGGGCUGUUGCUUUCGCCCUCAAGCAAGGAUACCGCCAUAUUGACGCAGCGCUGAUUUACGGAAAUGAACAUGAGGUCGGCCAGGGCAUUAAAGACAGCGGUGUUCCCCGUGAAGAGAUUUUCUUGACCAGCAAGCUUUGGAACACUCACCAGCCUAAUGUCGCAGAGGGACUCAAAAAGUCUCUUGAUGCACUAGGCACAGACUAUCUCGACCUAUACCUUAUUCACUGGCCUGUUCGCUUGGUCCCUAAUGAGACAAGCGAACUCCUUCCAGUUAACCCGGACGGUACCCGAUCUGUCGACAGGUCGUGGGAUCAGUCCGAGACUUGGCGCCAGAUGGAGGAAGUGUACAACUCUGGCAAGGUGAAGGCCAUUGGCGUGGCUAACUGGUCUAUCCCAUAUCUAGAAGAACUACGCAAGACCUGGAAAAUUGUUCCCGCCGUCAAUCAAGUGGAACUACACCCUUUCCUCCCCCAACAUAAGCUGAGAGAGUAUUGUGCCAAGUAUGGCAUUCUCCUCGAAGCAUACUCUCCACUUGGAUCAGCUGGUGCUCCUCUCAUGUCUGAUGAUGAUAUUCAAGAAAUAGCUAAGAAGAACAAUGUAUCGCCGGCUACGGUGCUGAUUAGUUAUCAUGUCAAUAAGGGAGCAGUAGUUCUUCCCAAGUCGGUUCACGAGAAGCGGAUUGUGAGCAAUAAAGAGGUUGUGGAACUGUCACAGGAAGAUCUGGAUCUCCUAGACGGCUUGGCUGCUAGGGGUAAGGCGAAGCGUAUCAACACUCCAUUGUUUGGCUGGGAUCUUGGAUUUGAUGACUGGUAUGGACCAGUCAGCAAGAAAGUCUGA